UGCCAAAAUCAUGUGUGCAAGAAUUCCCGUCUCAUUAACAACUUUCCAUACAGGAAAGAGAUCCAACAACUGUAUAACUGCCCCUGUGCAUUAGGUCAGCUAGGACUGCAGUGGAGUCUCUUUGAAAAACGUGGACAAGACAUUUACUGCUUUGCUAUUAGUCCUGUGGCCAAGAGGAGGCUACUGCAGUCCAAUCCGAGGAAUAAGGUAUUUAGGGGCCCUCCAUAA